ACAGGUACCUGCUCCCCAAACACCAUGCCUGGAUUAAUUCUCUUCUGCAUCCUCUCUGCUCUCUUAACUUCAGGAAACUCACUGGUCUGUGAGGUGUGUAGCUCUAAAGAAACCACAUGCUCAGGACCUCUGCAAACCUGUGAAGAUUCAGAAGAUAUCUGUGCUACACUUGUAGCAGAAUACAGGAUUGCGGGAGUGUACUUCAAGAGAACUUUUAAAGAAUGCCUAGAUGCCUCUCCAGUCUGUGACUUUGCCCCCUUCAGCAUGACGUUCCGGCCAAGCAUCUCCAUGCGGACGAGCUUUAAUUGCUGCAGCAGCGAUGGGUGUAACUCGGGGCAAUCUGAACUGCCAGCACCCUCCAGAACUCUCAAUGGCUUCCAGUGUCCUUCCUGUUUCGCGCUCGGAGCCAGUCGGUGCCAUAACAUGGAUAUUUUGCAGUGCUCGGGAAAUGAAGAUCAUUGUUUUGAGAUUACAGGAACGCUGAUGAUCGAAAAUUUCAACUUCACCAAGGCUUCUGCUGGCUGUGGCACUGCUGGGCUGUGUUCCAAAAAGGUCGGUACACACCGCUAUUCCAAGAAAGUGGUGGAUGUUUUGACCAAAGUGAAGUGUUUCCCAGCAAUCCGGGCUGGAAGUGCCAGAACGGAGCUCUAA